AUGUCAGCGGAGGAGCUAGAAAAAAUCCUUUCGGACUUACUGCAGCCUGACAAUGCCGUCAUCCAACAGGCUACCAUCCAGCUGAAAGAGGCCCUCAGGCAGCCCACAACCUUGUCCCACCUCUGCCAGGUGAUGUCAGAGUCUCAGAGCCCCCAGAUUCGGCAGUUUGCAGCUGUGCUGGUGAGAAGGCGCAUGACCAAACACUGGCGGAAGCUCCCUGCCCCGGAGCAGGACACGCUGAAGAACCUAAUCCUGUCCACACUGCAACGGGAAACGGACCACAAGGUCUGCCUCGGCUUGGCACAGUUGGCUGCCAUUAUUCUGAAACACGAGACGCUGGAGAGAUGGCCGCAGCUGCUUGGGCUCAUCCAGCAAGGGGCCCAGUCUCAGGACCCCACCCAGUGUGAGGUGGGAUUGCUGCUUCUGAGCUGCGCUCUGGAACUGGACCCCGACGUCUUCGCGCCGCACUACUUGGAACUCCUGAGCUUCUUCAACCAGAUUCUGAGCAACCUCAGCCACCCAGCCCCCCUCUACUACUCGCUACGCAGCCUCAGCACCAUGGUAGCGGGGCUGGGUUCGGACGAAAUGAGCCUGAUGACUUCGAUGAUGCCCAAAAUUAUAUCGGCCAUCCGAGAACUGAUCCGUGUCAAUGAGGACUACGCCAGCGACGCGAUGGAGGUCUUCGAUGAACUCCUGGAUACCGAAGUGGCUAUUAUUGUGCAGCAUCUCUCGGAUGUCGUUGGCUUCUGCCUGGAGGUGGCCUCCAAUCCGGCCCUGGGCGACAACCUCCGGGUCAAAGCCUUGUCCUGCAUCAGCUUUCUCUCCAAACUCAAGAGCAAGGCCAUCCUGAGGCACAAGCUGCUCUCCACCACGCUGAACGCCCUCUUCGCCAUCAUGAGCGCCGAGCCGCCUCCGGGCCAGAUGGACGCCGAGGACGAGCUGACGGAGGAGGACAUCGAGGACCACGCCGAAGUCCACACCCCCAAGCACUUCGCAGCCCAGGUGAUUGACGUGCUGGCUCUGCACCUUCCCCCGGAGAAACUUUUCGCCCAGCUGACAUCUCUGAUGGAGCCUGCCCUCUUGAGCACCAACCCCUACCACCGGAAGGCCGGCCUCAUGUGCUUGGCGGUGCUGGCAGAAGGCUGCGGGGAUCACAUCCGGAAGAAGCACCUCCAGCCCAUGCUGCAAGUGGUGUGCCAAGCCCUGUCAGACAACAGCCAGGUGGUGCGCAACGCGGCCCUCUUCGCUCUGGGGCAGUUCUCUGAGAACCUGCAGCCCGACAUCGCCCGCCACGCCGACGAGAUCAUGCCACUGCUCUUGCGCUACCUGGACGGGGUGGAGCUGGCCCACACCAGCCACCUGGCCAAAGCCUACUACGCCCUGGAGAACUUCGUGGAGAACCUGGGCCCCAACCAUUGUCUUCAUCCUUCGGAGGACAAGAUCUCGCCCUACCUGCCAGCCCUCAUGGAGCGGAUGCUCUUCACCUUGAGCGCCCCCGGCAGCCCCCGCACCAAGGAGCUGGUGGUCAGCGCCAUCGGAGCCAUCGCCCGGGCCGCCAAGGGGACCCUCCUGCCAUACUUCCCAGCCAUCAUGGACCAUCUGACAGGUUACCUGCUCACCAAACGGGAAGACCUCCGACCAGUCCAGGUUCAAUCUGUAGAGACAUUGGCCAUCCUGGCCAGCACCAUGGACAAGGAAGUCUUCCUGCCGCUGGCCGAGAAGUCCUGCCAGCUCGGCCUGGACCUCUGCGACCGAGUGGAUGACCCCGACCUGCGGAGGUGCACGUACAGCCUCUUUUCCUCGCUCUCCAUCCUGCUGGGGGACGCCCUGGCCCCGUACCUGCCUCGGAUCACCACCUUGCUGCUCUGCUCUCUCAAGUCUACCGAGGGCAUCGAGCCCCACCAUGGCACCGGUAGCUCCUUCCUCCUGUUCGAUGACGAGGAUGAGGAGGCCGAGGUGGAGGGAGACGAGAGCCUGACUGACGACGAAGAUGACGACGAUUUUGAGUUGACAGGGGUGUGUGUGCGAAACUCCUUUAUGGACGAAAAGGAAGAUGCCUGCCUUUCCCUGGGAGAGAUCGCCAUCAGCUCCAGCGUGGCCUUCCUGCCGUUUAUGGACACCUGCUUCCCGGAAGUCUUCAAGUUGUUGGAGUGCUUCUACCUCGGCGUGAGGAAAGCUGCCUUCUGUUCUCUGGGGCUGUUCUGCAUCGCGUUGCAUCAGGUGUGCGAGCGCGAUCCGUCUGAGCCCAACAGCGCUGCGCUGCAGAAGAUGCUGUCCGUGGUGCUGCCGGCCUACAUCAAGGGGAUCCAGGAGGACACGGAACGGCAGGUGGUGAUGGACCUCCUGGAGACCCUGACCAAGCUGCUGAAGGCGUGCAAGCAGGAGGCCUUCCGGGAGCCCGGGCGGCUGGCGGAGCUGUGCCGGGUGAUCAGGCUGGCGCUGGAGAAGAAAAUAGCCUGUCAAGACAGCUGUGACGAUGAGGAUGAUGAGGAGGAAGACGACUCCGAAUAUGACUCGAUGCUGAUUGAGUAUGCCGGGGAAGUGAUUCCUGCCCUCGCCAGAGCAGUCAGCGGAGAGACCUUCGCUCCCUAUUUCGCCGGCUUCCUGCCUUUACUCCUCAACAAGAUGAAGCCCACCUGUAGUGUGGCAGAGAAGUCCUUUGCGGUGGGCAUCAUCGCGGAGUCCAUCCAGGGCCUGGGCCGGUCCUCCAGCCCCUUCGUGGCCCGCUUGCUGCCGUUGCUGGUGAAGGCCACCCGCGACAGAGACAUGGAGGUGCGCAGCAACGCCAUCUUCGGGCUGGGCGUGCUGGCGGAACACGGCGGAGAAGUCACGCACGAACAUUACCCCCGGCUUCUGGGCCUCCUGUCCAGCCUCCUCAGUCAGGAGCAGAGCAGCCGGGCGGCCGACAACGUCUGUGGAGCCGUCGCGCGGAUGGUGAUGGCCAAUCCCAGAGGGGUCCCUGUCGGGCAGGUUCUGCCCGUCUUGCUCCGCUCUCUCCCCCUGAAGGAGGAUUUGGAGGAAUACAAGACCGUUUUCCAUUGCCUCAGCUUUACAUACGAACGUGAUCCCCAGCAGGUACUGCAGCUGAUGGGGGACAUCGUGCAGGCCAGCGGCAUUGUCUUGGGAACCAGUGACGUCCCAGCAGCCGCCCGCAACAGCCUGGUGACGCUGCUCCGCGACCUGUCCAUCGGCUGCCCAGACAAGUUCCAGUCGGCCAAGCGCUCGCUGCCUCCGGAAGCCCAGGCCCUGCUCGAAGCGGCUCUCGGCUCCUCUUGAGGAGGAGGCGGUGGCAGCAAGGAGGACCCCACUCCCUCAAGCUCCAUAGGGUUAAAGAGGAUCGAUUCCAGACACUGGAGCGGGAGUGGGGUGACUCAGACCGUGGCCCACUUCCCCUCCGCCUGCCAGGCCAAAGAGUUCAGUCGCCUCGACCAUUUUGCCAGUCUCGGUUCUUCCCUUCACCAUCCGUGGGGUUGUGUAUCGUGUACACGCUUCUGUCUCCGACCGAAACGCCACCUGGUCCCCAAAACGGCCAGUCGGUUUUUGUCGGGGGCUGUCCCGCCAACCUCCUCUGACCCACUGCCAAAAUAAAGCCGCUGCUCCCAGUGCCAUGAUGGAUUUGCCUUUCUCCUCCCUGUCGAAGGAGCCUGUUUUGAGCCCAUUUGACUUUUCCUCGUCUUCCCUGCCCUGUUGGGAACCGUUCCCAGAGCUGCUGCCCUCCCCCCCCUCUGUACUCCCUCACAGGGUGGUCGUUGGGGUGUGGUUUUUUUUUUUUUGCCAAAAGUGUUAGUGGUUCUUCACCGGUCACAGGGGUUUAUUCUUCGGCAAGUCUAGGACCGUUCCUGGUGUUCAGCUGGAGGCCUGGAUUGAAAACAGUGCACAGCUGCAACCUCUGGUUUGUAUUUAACAUUUGGUAUUUUUUUGAGAGAGACAAACAUUAUAUUGUGUACCUUGCAAAUAAAAUUAACU